AUGUCUUCCAGUCCCCACAAGCCCCUUACCUCCGCGCAGAACUUUAGCUCGGCGACCAAGGACUCUAAGUCGAUCCGUGCUGUACUCCGUCAGGAGCUUCGUAACCGCGUCCAGUACAAUGAUGCCCGCGUGCUCCAACGUCUGAGGACACAUGAGAUUGACGACGACUUCGUAUCUUGGUGCCUCGCAUCCUUCAAUGCUGACCCCGGGGUGCAGUCUUCCGUCCGGCACCUGCAGGAGUUGGAGAGGAUCGCAGAGACUAGUGAGCGUCGUGACUCUCCCGACCAGCGCAAGAAACAGGAACUCGCUAUGUAUCAUCACCUUCAAGUCAUCUUUGAUUUUAUUCAAUCAUUUCCAAGGCCCUACCACGCCGCCAUCACCACUCCUCGUCGAUUCCUCCGUGUCGAUACCGUGCGAAGUCCUAUCCAGCACUAUACUCUCGGUUUCCCAAACACUCGUCCCGACUUCUCGCUGAUGGCUCCGGGUGCCAAUGGGGAUUCGACCGACUGGGGUGACCACGACGGUUUCGCCGAAAUCAAGGCCACCAGCAAGCAAGGUCCUCAUCCGCCUAACUCCAGGGAUGAGACUAUCCAAGAGAUCGUGUAUCAAUCAGCAGACUUCGCUCGGCUCCAUCUCUCCUCUCGACCUUUCAUGCUCUACUCUGUUGGUCUCAUGAUCUAUGGUUCCCGAUUCUCCGUUGGCAUCUUCGAUCGCGACGGCGUUAGUAUCUCUCCUGAAGGAGGCAUGUGGACGGACACAGAGUAUUUCAUCCGUUUGGUUUGUAGUUUGACGUGGAACGUGACACCCACCGAACUAGGGGAGGAUCCUACUGCCCGUAAGUGUGACCGCCGUCUGAUGGAUACUCUGGGGCUGCAUGGCGAGGACUUUCCCUCGUUCAUCAUCGAACCCAUCACCCCAGGGGGCGAUUACUGGUGCACUAUCGGUGAGCCCAUGUGGAGCUCACUUUCCUUGCUUGGCCGGGGCACGAUCAUUUGGUGCGUACGCCGUUACGAUCCGAAGGAUAAAUGUCUCCUUGGGCCCGAAAUGGUCAUGAAGACGUCCUGGCGUCAGAGCGGUCGAAACUCGGAGUCCUCCAUCUAUCGCGCCGUUCGUGGUACCAGUCACCCAGCACUCGCCGAAUUCCUCACCGGUGGCGACGUCAUCGACCCUCGACACGAUCUCCUCGACUAUAUUCCAGCGCAACACAUUAUCACUGCUCACUAUCUCCGAAAUAACCUUACUCCCGUUGACAAUGAUCAGUCUCCCGUUCUGCACCGGUUGGUGUUGAAGACGAUUGGGCGUUCAAUCUGGACCUAUACUUCGGACCUCGAGCUUCUUCGUGGAAUGCUUGCGGCCGUUCAAGCCCAUCAGUUCCUGUUUGAACAAGGCAUUCUGCACCGCGAUAUAAGUGCGGGAAAUAUCCUUCUAGCCAAGGACCCUAGGAUCGUCCAGCCCGGACGUGAGGGCUUCCUCUCCGAUGUGGAGUUUGCUCUUGUUGAAUGUGAACAUCGCUUUGAACUGGAGAUGUCACAGGCAGAGGCUAUACGGAACCUGCGCGAUGUGUCUGGUGACGAGGUUACGGGGUCAACUGCGAAGCGUGGAGCGACUAUGACGGGCACUGUUCAAUUCAUGGCCAUCGAGAUACUAGAGGCCAUCGUCGAAGACAGGCCCAUCGAACACAACGUCGAACACGACAUCGAAUCGUUCAUCUGGGUCCUUGCAUAUGCGGUCAUGCGGAAGGUCCUGAAGGUCACCGAAGCUCCUGAGACGGCGAAACAUUCGGCCCGGAAGCGACUCGACGAUGACUUCAAGAGGUCGUUUGGUAGCUUGUCGGUCGCAGAUAUCGCAUCGUCUCGUACGAGUCUCUGGCCAUUGGAGUUCAUCAUUCGCAAGACCGAGGAUUUCUUCUUCCCCUAUCUCUCCCGCCCGCUUCGUGAUGUCCUCUUUCGUCUACGAGCGGGCUUGCGUUCCAGGAUCGAAGCCCCAGGCUUCCAGAAAGUUACAACCCUUUUUGACGAUGAUGAAUCACAAACUCCUGAAACGGUAGCACUGACACACGCCUGGCUCAUCAAGUACUUCAACGGCGCCAUUCGUGCGCUGGAGAGCGAUCCGUCGCUGCAGAGAUGA